AGGCUUUUAGCCAAAGCUUGCUGAUUUUGGUACCUUAAUCUUUAAAUAAUACAAAAAGGUUGAACAUCGCUAAACAUGAUAAAAUGAUUAAAAAUUUAAAAUCCUAACAUGAACAGAAAGAGUCAACGGACGAUAUUUGCAGUUAAAGAGGAAAAGAUAUUGUGGGACAACACAAAGUCCCAUCUGUUCACUUUCCUACAAAUUCAGCGUUCGCCCUUCCCUAACCGGUUUCAAAUUGUUUAGAAUUUGAUGGGUUUUGAUCCUGAAGAAGCUGUUUCUGGGUUUAGAGAUGAGGAACCUGAUAGUCCUGAACCAGCAAGAGCUCUGUGUUUACACGCAUUCUCAGAUUUAACCCAUGUAUCUCCGGUUGUGUUCUUAUAUCUUCUCAAACAAUGCUAUAUUCACGGAAGCUGCAAGGCAACAAAGAAGUUUCAAGUGUUGCAGCAUCGAGUUCAUCAAGUUCUUGCCAAUAAACCUCAACCAGGGCCUGCAACUUUCAUUGUUCAUUGCCUAUAUGUUCUCCCUAUGUUUGGAAUAUAUGGUGAUGGCUUUAGCCACUUGGUGAUAUCCUCUCUUCGCCGCUACUUCAAAACAGCGCCUGCACCGGCGAGCCAAGAAGACGUUUCCUCCGCGAGAAGACUAGCUGCUCGGCUUUUCCUUGCUAUUGUUGGAGGAUCUGUAGCGUAUGAUGAGAAAGUAAUGGUGCAUACUCUUAAACUGUUUGAUGUUGGGUUAACAAGCAUAGAUGAAGCUUUGUCCUUGGAGGGAUUUGCUUGUGGAGGAGGAAGUGUGUUUCUGGAAGAAUACAUUUCCAGCUUGAUCAAGUCGAAAUGUUUCAUGACGGCGGUUUCUUUGUUAGAGCAUUUCUCUCUUAGCUUCCCUGGAGGAACCUUUCUUCAAGAGAUGGUUGAUGAUAAAGACUUCCAAGCUGCAGAGAGAUGGGCUACUUUCAUGGGGAAGCCCAGUUUAUGCGUUCUUGUUCAAGAAUAUGCCUCAAGGAAUAUGCUAAAGCAGGCCUAUAAUGUCAUAAAGAAGAACAAUCUCCAGCAUGAUUUCCCCGAUUUGUGUCACAAAUGUAAAGAGAGUGCACUAAAGGAUCUAGCAGAAAAAGCAUGCUGGGAUGUUGCUGAAAUAAAGGCACAAGGUGACAGACAGCUGCUUGAGUAUCUGGUAUACUUGGCAAUGGAAGCUGGGUACAUUGAGAAGGUUGAUGAGCUGUGUGAUCGAUAUUCACUUCAAGGUCUGCCAAAAGCACAAGAGGCUGAGCUUGGUUUUGUUGACAAAUGCUUUCUGCAUCUCAAAGAUCUAGCUGUGGAAGAUGUAGUUUGGGUUGAUGAAGUAAAUGGGUUAAGAAAAGCAACUUCUUUUCUUGAAGGAUGUAGAGUUGUGGGUCUUGACUGUGAAUGGAAACCAAAUUACACGAAAGGCAGUAAACCUAACAAGGUUUCAAUUAUGCAAAUUGGAACUGAUAGCAAAAUUUUCAUAUUGGACUUGAUAAAGCUUUACAAUGACGCCUCUGAAGUUCUGGACAGCUGCCUUAGUCAGAUUUUGCAAUCGUUUAAAACAUUAAAGCUUGGUUACAAUUUUCAAUGUGACAUCAAGCAAUUGGCGCUUUCGUAUGGGGAUCUGGAGUGUUUCAAGCGCUAUGACAUGUUGCUAGACAUUCAAAAUGUUUUCAAAGAACCAUGUGGUGGUUUAUCAGGACUAACGAAGAAAAUAUUGGGAGUCGGUUUGAACAAAACAAGACGCAAUAGCGACUGGGAACAAAGGCCUUUGACACAGAACCAGCUAGAGUAUGCUGCUCUCGAUGCUGCAGUGCUGAUUCACAUAUUUCGCAAUGUUCGUGAUCAUCCUCCACAUGACAGUAGUUUAGAGACAGUCCAGUGGAAAUCUCACAUUGUCUCCCACAUGGAUCACCCAAAGAAGUUGAAGAAGAAGCCUAAGUGCCAUUCGACAGAAACCUCAGCUUCGACAUUUAACAAGCCGUCCGGCAAUUAAAACAGAGUAGAAAGUGUAAAGAUUUGCUCAAACUCUAAAAUGAAAACGGUACAAUUAACAGUAGUUCUUAUGUAGAAUUGAAACCGUGUCACAAAAGCUUCCCGUGAAAGAAAAA